UCGCUGCAUGAAAACGCACUAUCUUUGAUUCCACAUUGAUGGAUUAUCUCGAUAUUUAUUUUUCGUAUUUUAAACGAUGCCUUCUGUUUUACGAAAAAUAUAAAUACUGAAAUUAUCAUUCCUAUCAAACUGCACUAAAUACUUUUGUGUGCUAUUGUGGUAAAUUCAUCCAAAGCAAAUGGUGUACUACUCUGAGCAAAUCAACCUUCAAGGAACUGAUCCUACCAGAUGGAGAUUGCGAGUUGAUGAUUUGGGUGCCCAAAGAUGGUAUUAUCUUUCAGAGGAAGAAUCUGUCAAAGAACCCCAAACUGACUAUGUGAAAUAUUUAUUAAAUGUCGAAUCUUUUCAAAGGCACCAGUUAUAUAAAUCAGAGGAACAAAGAUCUAAAAGAACUCCUUUUCAGGCUGCAAUUGAUGGUGCUAAUUUUUUUAAAUUGUUACAGGAUCCCUCUGGUGUCUUUCCAACUCAAUAUAAAGGGCCGAUGUUUAUGAGCAUUGGUUACAUUGCUGUUAGCUACUUCACAAAAUCUGUUAUCCCUGAGGCUACAAGGCUUGAGUUAAUCAGAUAUAUUGUUAAUUGUGCACAUCCUGUUGAUGGUGGUUGGGGACUACAUAACUCAGAUAAAUCGACUUGUUUCGGCACAACCUUGAAUUAUAUCUCAUUAAGAUUGCUAGGAUUGCCUUCUGACCAUCCAAGUUGUGUCAAAGCAAGAAAUACUUUGUUAAGACUUGGUGGUGCUGUUAGAAAUCCUCAUUGGGGGAAAGCGUGGUUAUCACUUUUGAAUUUAUAUAAAUGGGAAGGUGUCAAUCCAGCUCCACCUGAAUUAUGGCUAAUGCCCUAUGAUUACAAUCCACUACAUCCUGGAAAAUGGUGGGUUCACACUAGAGCAAUUUACUUGCCAUUAAGUUAUCUUUCCACUAAUAAAAUCCAGUGUGCUUUGGAUCCUUUGCUAAUAGAUAUCAGAUCAGAAAUAUAUAACAAAGAUUAUGACAAAAUCGACUUUUCCAAACAAAGAAAUAAUGUUUGUGGUGUGGAUUUAUAUUAUCCUCAUAGUAAAGUGCUAGAUGUAAUGAACAGUUACAUUGUCUUUUAUGAAAAAUUUUUAAGACCUAAAGCACUUUUAUCCUGUUCCAAUAAACGUGUAUACGAUCUAAUCAAGAAAGAAAUCAAAAAUACUGGUGAUUUAUGUAUUGCUCCUGUCUCUUUUAGUUUCAAUGCAAUUGUUCUAUAUCUUGAAGAAGGAAAAAAUUCAAGGGCCUUUCAAAACUUUUAUAACGGGUUUAUUGAUAUAUUAUCACUUGGUCCUUUAGGAAUGACUGUCACUGGAACUAAUGGAUCUCAAGUGUGGGACUCUUCCUUUUUUGUGCAGUAUCUUUUACAAGCAGGCUUUGGAGAUUAUCCCGAGUUUCAUGAAAUAAUUUUAAAAUCAUAUAAAUUUCUUAUCAGAUCACAAUUUACUGAAGAUUGUGUUCAAGGUUCAUUUAGAGAUCCUAGGAAGGGAGCAUGGCCAUUUUCUACAAAAACGCAAGGUUAUACAGUCAGUGAUUGUACCGCUGAAGCUUUAAAAGCAAUUAUUAUGGUCAGAAAUCAUCCAAAUUUUCAACAAUAUAAAAGUCUUAUUAAAGAUGAAGAAUUAUAUCCAGCUAUUGAUGUUUUAUUAUCUUUGCAAAAUUUGGGAGAUCAUGAAUAUGGUUCAUUUUCAACAUAUGAAAAAAUAAGAGCACCUUUGUUACUAGAAAAACUAAAUCCUGCUGAAAUAUUUAAUAACAUAAUGGUUGAAUAUCCCUAUGUUGAAUGCACAGACUCUUCAGUUCUCGGUUUAACUUAUUUUAGAAGAUAUUUUGAUUAUCGCAAAAAAGAUAUUGAUUUUGCAAUUGAGCAAGCAAUAAAUUAUAUUGUUAAUGCUCAACUUCCUGAUGGUAGUUGGUAUGGCUGCUGGGGGAUAUGUUUUACUUAUGCAGGUAUGUUUGCUUUGGAAGCUUUAUCCACAAUAAAUAAAAAUUAUGCUAAUGAUGAAACAGUUAAAAAAGGUUGUGAUUUUUUUAUUUCCAAACAACGUGAAGAUGGUGGUUGGUCUGAGACUAUGAAAAGUUCUGAAACUCACACAUAUAUUGAAGAUAAUAAAAGUUUAGUUGUUCAAACUGCGUGGUGUGUAAUUGGUUUGUUACUAGCAGGUUAUCCAGAUAUUGAGCCUAUCAAGAGAGGUAUCAAGUUAAUAAUGGAUUUACAAUUGAAUAGUGGUGAGUGGCUUUUUGAUGGGAUAGAAGGUGUUUUCAAUCAUUCUUGUGGUAUUGAAUAUCCUAACUACAAAUUUUUAUUUCCAAUCAAGGCUCUUGGACUUUUUAAAAAUAGAUAUGGUGAUCUUCCUUUAAGUUCUUUAUAAAUCUAUAUUUCCCUAUAUUUUCUUAUAUAUUA